UUCUAACUAGUGUAUCCUGAAGUUUGACAUAAAAGGAAAGUAUAAUUUCAUGAAUAGUUAAUUGUUCACGUAAGAAUAAGCUAGAAUAUAUGUUAAAGAAAAAGUAAAUUGCAAGAUCAGAACAAUUCUCAAAUUAACACACAAAUACAAUAUAAUUAAAAUCCAAACUCAUCAACAUUAACAAGGCAACAAUGGCCAAUUGCUACAUUGCUAAGAAUGUAGCUAAGAUGAAGCAAGAGAUGGUUGGUGAAAUAAGAGGAGCCAUGCAACGGAGUUGGGAAGAAGUCGUGAAAUUAUACUCAGAAAACCCUAUUUCUCACAUCACCAAGAUCAGCAGAUCUGGCUACACCGCCUUGCAUGUGGCCGUGGCCGACGGUAAUGAGGAGAUUGUUGAGAAGCUAGUGAAUCAAAUAGUAAAGGCUGAGCAAGAAAAGUCGACUAAUGGAAUCCAGAUUCUUGAGAAGAAUGAUAUCUGGUUGGAGCCCGUUGAAGAUGAUGGAUUUGUGGUUGUGAAAAAGGGAGAGAAAAUUGUAGAGAUGUACUCAAAACCUCUUGAAAUAAAAAACGAGGUGGGAAAUACAGCUCUUCAUUUGGCUGCUUUGAUUGGGAACAUUCCUAUGUGUCGGGCCAUCACCAAACCCUAUUCUGAUCAGGCAGCUUUGUUGAUUGAAAUUGAGAAUAAUAUGGGUGAAACUCCUCUCUUCUUGGCUUCUCUUCAUGGCAAGAAGGACGCUUUUCUUUAUCUUAACUCAAUCUUGAAGAAAACUCGGCCUGAAACCGCGAUUACUUGUUGUAGAAGGCAUAAUGGUGAUACUGUUCUACACUGUGCUAUAGAUGGCGAGUUCUUCGAUUUGGCAUUUCAAAUAAUUUCAUUGUAUGAAGAAUUAGCAAUGUCUGUGAAUGGAGCAGGACAAUCCCCACUCCAUAUUUUAGCUAAUAAGCCUUGUGCAUUCAGAAGCUCUAUCAAGUUGGAUUUUUGGAAAGCAAUAAUGUACAAAUGUAUAUAUGUGGAGAAGCUGAAGAUAAAUUUAGAAGCUUCAUUAAGAAGUACUUGUUCUAUGAAUGGUGAACAAGAAGAGUUGAUCAAGUAUCCAUCUAACUACACCACUUUGGUCAGAAUUUUUGCUUAUCUAUGGAAGUUCCUAAAAAUUGUGACUAGUUUUAGAAUUAGCUAUGAAGAAGAAAAUGAUACAAACAACCCCAAUAUUGGAGGAGACAAAGCUAAUUCAAAAAAUAAUCCAGAAAAUAAGGACUUAGAGAAUCCUACUGAUACAAGAAACCAAGAAAAUAAAUCAGUUGCAUUUCCAAAUAUAGUUCCACAAAAUUACAUUGUCUUCUAUAAGUUUUUGAAUCUUUUACAUAGGAGCCUACUAGCUUUCACCGGACUAGGACGUGCAUGGGUUAUCGAUACAAGGAAAGUGAAAGAGAAGCAUACAUGGUCUAUUCAAGUAUUGAAUGAACUCUUAAGACAAAAUAACUUUUAUGACUUUGAAGAUGCUGGCCAAAUGCCCUAUUUUGACGAUCUACACGAUAAAAACAACUAUGAAGAACUAAAUUUUGCAUUUGAUCAAGCGGAAAACAACGGUAAAGACCGAAAUGAUGAUGAUGAUGAUAAAAAGAGUAGUGAAGUGAUUAAAAAGAGAAAAUCAGCCAUAAUAAUUGCAGCUAGAAAUGGCAUCACAGAAAUGGUAAAGAGAAUCCUUAAGAAAUUUCCAAUGGCAAUUUAUGACACCAAUGAAGAUGAGAAGAAUGUUGUGUUGUUGGCUUUGGAGAAUAAGCAAGUGAAAUUGUACAAGUUCUUGCUUCAAAAAUAUUCCAAAAAUGAGAGUAUAUUUCGAAGAGUUGAUAAAGACGGUAAUGGUGCAUUGCAUAUUGCUGCAUCAAAUACUGACCAACAAAAUAUGCAAAGAUGGCCUAUUCCUGGUGAUGCUCUGCAAAUGCAAUGGGAAAUUAAAUGGAAUAAGUUUGUUAAAAAUUCAAUGCCAGAAAAUUUUUGUGUUGGGCACAACAACAAUGGAGAAACUCCAGAAGCCAUCUUCACAAGAGACCACAAGAAGCUAGUUGAAACGGGUAGCGAAUGGAUGAGAAAAACCGCCGAGUCUUGCUCCCUCGUCGCAGCCCUAAUCGCCACCGUUGCUUUCGCCACAUCAACAUCUCUACCCGGCGGAACUAGUGAUCAAAAUGGGAAACCUCUAAUGGCAACAGAGCCAGCAUUUCAUGUGUUCGCGGUGUCAUCAUUAAUAGCUCUUUGCUUUUCGGUCACUUCUUUAGUUAUGUUCCUAGCCAUCCUCACAUCGCGAUUUUCUGAGAAAGAUUUCGAUAAAGUUUUGCCAUGGAAACUUUUGAUGGGACUCACCUCAUUGUUUUUGGCCAUAGUUUCUAUGCUUGUUUCGUUUUGCGCCGGCCAUUUCUUUGUUCUACAAGAUGCUCUUAAGGUAGCCGCCUUUCCGGUUUACACGGUCACUUUCAUCCCAAUUUCUUUCUUUGCAGUAGCUCAAUUUCCACUCUAUAUUGAUUUGGUAAGAGCAACUUUUUGGAGUCCCUUUGGUGAUCCUAGAAAAUUGUUUGCUCCAAGUGAAUAUUAAAUCAUUAUGGCAAAAAUGUUUUGCAAUAAAUAUACAUAUAAAUAUAUAUAUUUAUGUAUCACUAAUUAGUACUCUCAAACAUAUGUAAUGGAUUGUAAUUGUAAUAAGAAUAGCAGUACUACAAAAUAGGU